AAUUGGAAACAAAUUUCUAAUUGUUGAAUCAUAUACCAUUAUUUUUAUAUUGGCCAUGCAUGUGUAUAAGUGGAAGAUAGAACAAUAUUAAAACAAUAUUAUUGUGUUUGGUCCUAUUUAUUACUCUCUGCUCUCUUCCUGAAGCUUCUUCAUCUUUUUGUUUGACAAGAAGAGGUAGAGAAGAAGAUGUCUCAAUCAAUCUCCUCCAGCACAAAGGCAGAAGAAGUUGUUAGUGUAGAUGUGAGCCAAGCCAAGACUCUCCUCCAGUCUGGGCAUCAAUAUCUUGACGUUAGGACUCAGGACGAGUUUAGGAGAGGCCAUUGUGAGGCAGCUAAGAUCGUCAACAUUCCCUACAUGCUCAACACACCUCAAGGUAGAGUGAAGAAUCAAGAGUUCUUGGAGCAAGUAUCUUCUCUUCUAAACCCAGCUGAUGAUAUCCUUGUGGGUUGUCAGAGUGGAGCCAGAUCCUUAAAAGCCACAACUGAACUUGUUGCUGCAGGUUACAAGAAAGUGAGAAACGUGGGAGGUGGCUACUUGGCUUGGGUGGAUCACAGCUUUCCCAUCAACACGGAGGAGGAGGAGCCAUCUGCUAAUUAAUAAUCUUAAGAUUCUCUUCUUUUCUUAAUCAAAUAAUAUAACUGCCUGUGUGAUGUAGUAAUCAUUUUCAAUUUAAAAUUCCAGUUUCUUGUAAUCAAAACUUUCGUGUACCAAAUUCAAUAAAAGCUGUGUUUCUCUAUAAGUGAAAACCAAAAAAAAAAAGAUGAACAAGUAAAAGUGUAAAAACUAA